AUGACUGAACCAAGCGAGCCUCCAAACUUAAAUGAACAAGUUGAUUUUAUUGAAUUUAUUCGUUCAACAAUGAAAAGUACCGAAAAAAGCCCAAGCAAAGGUCAACCAACAGUAAAUAACAAGAAUCAUACAGUGAAAGGAAAACCAAAUGUUUCUUUAAAACAGUCGCUUAACAAAACUUCAACUCAGUUGCCUUCUCAAAAGGUUCCAUGCCAGUCAGAUUCCAGAAAAUGGCAAACAACAAUAUUCCAUUCACUUGACGUCGAAGAAUCGUUCAUUAAUCCGAUUACUGUUUGUUCGAUAUCGGAAGAUUUAUUGCAAAUGCCUUCACUGGAACGAGUUUCUAUACCAAAUGAGAUAAAUAUUCAGUCUCAAACCAGAACGGUACUCAUAUAUUCACUACCUUCAUCCAUUUCACAUCAGUUUAUGGCAUUUACGGUAUUCAUCGUUACUAGACAGUUCAAUUUCCAGUAUUUAAUGUCAGAUAUUCCUGGACCACGCAUUAUAUCCUAUAUCAGUGAUAUCCUAUACCAUUUCUAUUAUGUUUCUAUAGUGAUUGAGGAUUUUAAACCAUUUUAUGGAUUAAUAUGA